GCAUCCUCUCAAAAGCACUGCCUCAGCACAGCCAGUCAGUCUGCCUUCAGCCCGUAAAGGAUGCUACCAGCCGUAGGAUCCAAUUCAAGAGUCCAGACCGAGAUAAAUCUCUACCGAAGUAAGUCUGUCAACGAAAUUAACCACGCUUUGAUUUUAAACUACAUGGGAUCAGCUCUGAAACUGAAGAGGAGCUGAAACUGAUAAACUCAUUGCCUCAUUUUCAUUUUCAACUUGAUAUCGGAGCAUUGGAGUCGUCGGCACGGAUGCAGCUCCAUACCGGUUCCAGAAGUUGGACAGUCAGAGAUGUAAAUGCAACGAGCAUUGAAUUUGGACAUUCCCAGCAAAGUGCAGACGGUGUGCGUUAUUGUGCAUUGGCCGAUUUGAAUUAUAUUAAGUGUCUUACAGAGGGUGAUCAACAUGUGGCACUUAAAUAAAAGGCACCUUUAAUCUAUCUCAGGCAUGGAGGAAUAUUGAUCUCCGAAGAGCCUUUGGGUGCAACUUAUUCACAGUAAUGGAAUGAAGACACUAAUUCUGAGAUAAUGGAUGAUAGAUCCAGUAAGCUGAUUUUGGUCCCUAUCUUAGCUGUCCUUUUUGUAAUGAUAGGUUACCAGUACAUAUGUCCUGCUGGCAGCAAUUCGUGCCACUUUAAGACUGAGGACAAAUUCAGAGGAGUGAGUCUACUUUCUUCCUCAUAUCAGGACAGCGAUGAUUUCUACAGAGAUCAAGAUUUGGAGGAUGACAGUUCUCCAAAACUACCGUCUAAAUUCAACUUCACCGAAAGAGACCUUGAUAGGCAUGUGGAGUUCAACAUCAAAGGGGACGACGUGAUAGUGUUUUUGCACAUCCAGAAGACCGGGGGAACCACUUUCGGGAGACACUUGGUGAGGAAUAUUCACUUGGAGCAACCGUGCGACUGCAAGCCUGGACAGAAGAAAUGCACUUGUCACCGACCCGGGAAAGAAGAGUCUUGGCUAUUCUCCCGCUUCUCCACCGGCUGGAGCUGCGGACUGCAUGCGGACUGGACCGAGCUCACGAACUGUGUUCCUGUCAUUAUGGAUAAAAAGGAAGCCCAGAGGAAUAAAAGGAACUUUUACUACAUCACCAUGCUGCGUGACCCAGUCUCCCGCUACCUGAGCGAGUGGAAACAUGUCCAAAGAGGAGCCACAUGGAAGACUGCCCUCCAUAUGUGUGAUGGACGCUCUCCCACCCAGGAUGAGCUGCCCACCUGCUACAGUGGGGAUGACUGGUCUGGUGUCACCCUGUCAGAGUUCAUGAACUGCCCAUCAAACCUGGCCAAUAACCGUCAGGUCCGUAUGCUGGCUGACUUGAGUCUGGUGGGCUGCUACAAUUUAUCCUCUAUGAAUGAGAGCCAACGCAACCACAUUCUCUUAAGUAGCGCCAUGAGCAACCUGAAGAACAUGGCUUUCUACGGCCUGACUGAGUUUCAACGCAAGACGCAGUACCUGUUUGAGCGGACGUUCAGCCUACGCUUCAUCUCUGCUUUCACACAGAUCAACAGCACGCGAGCGGCCAAUGUGGACCUGAGUGAGGCUGUGCGCAAACGGAUCGAGGAGCUUAACUUUUUAGAUAUGCAGUUAUAUGAGUAUGCAAAGGACCUGUUCCUCCAGCGGUUCCAGUUCACCCGCCAGAGGGAGCACCAAGAGGUACGCUUGAAGAGGCGCGAGGAGAGGCGUUGGUUGAGGGUGCAAAGAGAGCAGGACAGGCCAUGGCCACCCAAACAAAAAGUGAGGGGAAACAGAGGCGGGAGAGGGAAUGAAGGCUUUGAAAAGGAAACUGACAGUGACUUGCCCACCACCACUGAGGACUACACAAGCCAAGUGGCCCGUUGGUGAGGUCUCAUCAAGAGAGAUCAGCAAGAGAGUGGAGCUGGUGAAGAUUUCUCACAGACAUUUUGUUCAAAUCUCUCUUGCACAUCCUAGGUCUCUCUUUGUGUCUCACUAAUAAUCUGUCCCCUGCUUCUAUCUGUUUUGCCAGCUUCAGUGUGAUACGAGUGCUCCGCUAAUUCUUUAUGAAAAAUGCCAAGCCUGUGAUUCUCACAGCAGCUCUGUCUUGGAGUGCCCUUUUGUGUCUUAAAUAUUUAAAUGAUGUUUAUAUAUUCCUUUUAUUGAGCUAUUGCCUUGGUUAUUUUUGAUUUGCUGAAUGAGACAGUAAGUCAAAGAGAGAGAAAACAAAAGAAGCUGCUAUAGACUGCUCUGAGUUUUUCAUUUUAACAUUCACAGCAAAUUGAUAAAUGUCAUUGAAGACACUGUCCAUGCCCGUUCUCACUUCAGUGGCAUUAUAUUUCUGUCAGGACCCCUGGUGUCACAAUUAAAGCAGAGAGCAGACUUAAAAGUUAGUAUUUUUAACACCCCAUGUAAACUUAAAAAUUCUUUGCAUUUGACUGAUCUCUAGAUGUACUAGAGGGCACUGGGCUGCCAUGUUUCUGUGCUCGAGGAGCAGAUGGGAAGGGUUAAGGGUCUUGCCAAAGGGCCCAUGGUGGUUCCCUCUGGUGCAGUGGGAAUUCAAACCCAGGUUUUCCAUACCCAAAUCCCCACCUCUGUAACUACUAGGCUACCACAGGGAAGUGUGCUCAUAUCAAAACUGUCCAUAAUCUUUACCAGAACAUAACCAAGUAGUAUCUGUGCCUAAAACUUACCAGGAAAUUGUGCUGCCCAAACCUAACCAAACAGUGAACAAAACAGUAAAUAAAAGUAAAAGUAUGCAGUGAGUGGAUGAAAGAAAUGGUUGCUUACCAGUUGGUAUUUCAUGCUUGAUGAUCAUGUGACUUUUCAUCUACUCUAAGGUGACCUUUCUGCUUGUUUAGAAGUAAAAUAACUUUUGCAGUCAGGAUCCAAUAUUUCUACGACCUCUGUGUCAGUGUACUAAGAACGUUGUGUACUUGGAAAUAUCAAGAGUUUACACAGAAAACAAGUAUUAGAUGCCCUGAGAAUGAGAAUGGAUCGCAAUGUACAAAGUCUUAGAAAACAUAUUUCUUCUAAAAGCUGCUGAAAAAAUAUUAUGGUUGCAUGUCACACAUACACAGUAUACUUAUAGCUGACAAGGGUGAUUUUCAAAAGAAAGGGAUGCACAUGAUAUUGGCAAAACGUUAUCAGCUGAUAAAUGCUCUAAAUGUUGAGCCAAAAAAAAAAAAAUUAACACUGACAAGCAAAGAGGGUCAAUUCUGGCCUGUUUAAUGAUUUCAAGUUUUUUUUGCUAAGCUUAAGAUCAUCCACGCUCAGUGAAGUAAGAUAAAUUCCAACACAGUUUUCCCUAAUUUUUGUGUAAAGAUAAAUCUGGCAUGUUUUAAAUGUGAAUCAAAUUCAUUUUCACCCUUUUGUUUUUUUUUUUUUUUUGUGUUUGUUUGUUUUCACAGAAACUAAAAGUUUGGGCCAUUAAGAUGAGAAUAAGACAAAAAGGAAAAAAAGAUUAGGCUUUCAGAUUUGAUAUCAAAUAGAAGUUCAGAAAAGUGAGGAACCAGGAAAAAAAUCAUCAUUUUAGUUAUUUAGCUAGUUAUAUAUCUAGUCAGCUGAUGACAAAGUGCUAUCAGGUGGGCCUGUUGGUGAGGCUGCCUGAUGGUGAAGGGAGACAGCUUUCUGAAUACAUUAAACCAUCAUUGCCCACAUCCAUGCUGUGCUGGAUGAUUUCAAAACUGUAAUUCUCUGUUUUUUUUUUUACAAGACUUAGUAUACAUGUUCAGAAAUGCCCAAAAGCUCACAGCAAUCUCUUCCUUCUCAGCAAAACUUUUUUGUGGUUAAUCUGGCUUGACUGAGAGGUGUAAACAGACUCCCUCUGGUUUCUGCUUCUGCUUAAUCAGUUGAGAUUAGUUGUUGCAUUCAGGACCCAUCUUCUGAACAAGUUUACCAAAACUCUGUCUCUGAUGUUGAUCUUUUGUUUUUAGUGUUCAAUUAUUUUCUGAAGUACAAUCCCUUGCAGACUUGAGCAUCUCUCUCAAGUUGUUCUGCUUAACAGAGUGUUUUCUAUAAGUAAUUCCUGUAUGAAGGUGUUGGUAAAUAGAGCAGGUGAUGAAAUGUGCCAGUGUGGCUGGUAUGUGGCCUGACUGUGAAUGAGAUGAUCAGCAUUCAGUUCUCACGCCUCUCCCUGUCAAACGGGCUGUUUUUACAUAUUUGUAGACCUGACGGCAACUUUGCUGUGGGCAGUGAGAGCACUCAAACACCAACAGAAUACCAGGAUUGUUUUUAUCUGCUCAAAAAGGCUUUAGUGGCUUGUCUCUUGUCUCAUGUUCACUCAAAACACAUGCAUAUGAAAUUAAAUGUUCACUAAAUGUCAACACUGGAGCCCUGUGCAGUGGCUACUGCUACUGUUACAGCAAUUUUUCAUGUUUCCUCUGUGAUUGCAGUUACUCAUGAAAUACUUCAUGUGGUACAGUUUUGUUUCAUUUCGUUCUGUCUUGUUUGAGUGAUUCAUCCAGUCCCUGCAGUGAAUAUACUGAAUGAAUAUUGGUGUGGUGUUUGCAGCUGUCAGAAGAUGUUUCUACGCACCUGUCUGCAUGGAUGCACUCAUGUCUGAAUGAGAUCAGUUAAGUGUGUGGAUAGACAAGAGAGAAGAAAUAGGUGGUGUGUUGCACAUUUAUAACACUCAGUCAAGUGUUUCAAGUGCAGCUAACCACAUUACAGCACUGUUCUAUGCAUAACUGAGAAUUCAUAUAGUGAAGCAAUUUGUGAUUUAGCAGUGGCAGAAUAGGUUAAGAUCGUGUAAUUUAAUGUCAAAUGAUGGAUAAUGGUUCAUUCAGAAAGCUCUAUCAUUUUCAGCCAAGAAGCAUUAUGGCAAACUGUAGAAGGUUCUUCCUGAAAUUUACAAGUAUCAAUAUUUAAAUGAACAUAAAAUUGACAUUUUUUUAGUCAUUAUCAGGUUCUUUUAAAUUUAAUGAGACUAAAAACAAUCCAUUCGAAAUUCAAAACUGUCAUCAUCACCAAAAAAUUGUUCUCUAACAGUAUUUAUUAUGUUUACUUGUAAGCUAUUUUUUUUCUUUUUUCACAUGUCAAUAAUUAAAAAUGCCAACAUUUCUAUUCCAUUAGAUUUUAGGGUCCUGUGGUCCCUGGUUUUAUGUUAAUGUGGCAAGUAUUCACCUUUAUUAUAAAGGUUUAAUGUGUAGGAUUUAGUGGCACCCAUUGAGGAAGUCGCUUAUAUAAAUCAAAACCAGCUGAAGAAUCUCUGCCUCA